CAAAAAAUAGUAAUAUACGGUAGCAAAUUGGAUAAUAUCAAACCGCGUGAUAUCAGAAGUAUCUCAUUUCACAAGGGUUUUCGACUACGAGGCUUUUUCGAUAGGUAUUGCAUUGACGACGCGUGGAAAGGCAGAGCAGAAUAUAGUUACUGAUCAGCAACACAAUAUUUAGCAAAAUGGAGAGCGGAUUUGUAUAUUACAACACAACAGAAGCUAAUAAUUAUACAACAAUGGAUCCAGAACUGGCACAUAAUCUAUCAAUGUUUUCAUAUUCCGAAGCUUUGGCGAUGAAUAUAAUUAUCGGAGUAUUAUGUGUCGUCGGAAUAGCAAGCAAUGCUAUAACCUUCGCCGUUAUUGCAAGUUCACCUCGUCUUAACAAAAUGGUGUUCAAUAUAUUUUUGAUGGGAUUGAUGGCAUCUGACCUUGCAUCAGCUGCAGACAGCUUAUUUGUCAUAUAUAGAAUGACGUAUGGAGCCGCUAGCUAUGGUCUACCGCUCAUUAUAUGCAAGAUUUCCAUUACUGUUGAUUUUAUGACCUCAAUAGCAACAAUUCAUCUGGUGAUGGUUUUUUGUAUUUUGAGACUUCUAUCGAUUAAAUACCCCAUGAAGAUUUCCGUGUACCUAACUUUGAAAGUUGCUAAGAUUUGUGUCAUUGUUCUGUGGAUUGAAUCGGCGCUGUCGAUUAGUGCUUACUAUUUCAAAAUCGUUUCAAUAAAGUCUGCAGUUACGAGACAGGGUAUCGGUUUUGCAUGCGCGAUUGGCGAUGAAUGGGCGCCUUCUGCAGAACUGUACAGAACAAUUGCUUUCCCAUUCGUGGUCUACAUUCCAAUGGUAGUGAUCAUUCUAUGUACAAUAUUCACCAUCAUAACCUUGUUGAAGACAUCACGAACACGGAAAAGUAGACUUCGACGUCAUUCUUCUAAUUCAUCGACGAUAUCCAACGAGAAAGUUGCAACUCUACAAGUUUCUUUGAUUUUAUUGUCUUUUUUCUUUGGAUACGGUCCUUUUGUAGUAUACACUUGGAUUGUUCUACAAAAGAUGACCGAUGGUUCCAAGUUUUCCAGUCGCGAAAAUUGGCUUCUUGCGGUUUGGACAUUUGUUGCACUUCGGAUAAGCGAAUGCGUGAAUCCUUUGUUUUACAAUUUAUCUUCCAGCAAAUUGAGAAGGGCUACAAAACAAUUCCUCCGACGUGGUUUUACGAAACGGGCUGUCACACCAUCACCUUCGAUUAAAACAAUAUCUGGAAGACGAUGAAACACAUACAAACUGCUGCUAUGUAUAUAUAAAUGGAUAUAAGGACACGGUUUUCAUGAUGUAGAAUAAACAUUCGAAAGAAGGAUAUAAAAAAUGUGUGUUUUUUUUUCUUUAAAUAUAUUUGAAAAACCUUUUCAAUUGUUAAAGAAUAGUCUAUGAGCGGCGCCCAUUUAUUAAGAAAGAAACGCCCGAAAACAAAUUUAUAGUCUGAUUUUUUAACUGUUAUUAUUAUUAUUAUUAUUUUAAUGGUGCUUAUAACUGACUUAGUUUUGUGCACCAGGACUAUCUAUGAUAUUACGCGUUGGGUGUUCUAAUGCUUCGGUCCGUUAUGAGAACGUAUUCUAUAACAAAAGAUUGAAUUCUGGGAAUGGUUAGUAAAUUAAUAAGAUUUACGGGCCUAUAUUCAGUUCUUUACAAUGAUUAAUUAAAAAUGAUCUUGGGAAGUCAUAGCGGGGACAAUGUAAUAUUAAAUGUUCGACGGUUUCGUUUUCAAGCAAGUGUCACAAAGCCCAUUGUCGUGGAGUCCGAUUUAAUGGAGAUGAUGGUUCGAACGACAGUAGCCUGUUUGUAGUCUGAACAGUAUUAUUUCAUAUCUUCUAGAUAAUUUGCAGGAAAUAUGAUCUUUAACAGA